AUGGCAGAUCUCAUUUCUAAGAAUCCAGAUUUAUCGGUUGAUGCUCAUGGAGCGGACUCAAUUGGAGCUUCAAAUAGCAUUCAGGGUAAUGCUGAAGCUGAACGAGCUGCCUUUCUCGCCACAUUCAGCGCCGAGGAAGAUAAGGCAAUUAUGCGAAAGGUCGACUGGAGGUUUCUUUGGUUGAUAGGUUUAAUCUAUCUCAUCAAAAACAUUGACUACACAAAUGCAGCCUCAGUCAAAGUUCUCCAGGUCGGAAAGCCUACCAACGUUCUCAACCAGCUUAAUAUGACAGCGGAUCAGUAUAAUUGGGUCCAGUCAAUCUACUUUUCCCAAGCAAUCUCAUUCUCAAAAAAAGUGUUGCCUCGAAACUGGCAAUUCAGAAUCCUGCUCUCAUGGGGCAUAGUCUUGGCUUGUCAUGCAGCAGUGAAGAAUAAAGAAGGUCUUUAUGCCGCCCGGUUCUUCUUAGGAGUGAUGGAGGCGGGUAUGUUCCCUGGUAUCGCUGCACAGCUAUGCUCUUGGUAUCGCUCCGAUGAAAUGGGCAAACCAAUAAUGUGGAUGUUCGCCUUCUCAAACUGUUCUGGCAUCGUGGGCUCUCUCAUCGCUUACGGAAUUUCAUACAUGGACGGAAUGAAAGGUCUGAGUGCUUGGCAAUGGGUCUACCUUCUUGAGGGCAUCCUCACUAUCUUAUUUUCGGGAGUAGUCUAUUUCGUUCUACCCGAUUACCCGAAGUCGCCACGCUCUAGCUCCUGGCUCACACCCCGAGAACAAGAAUAUCUCGAAGCUAGGCUCUCAGAGAACGCACCAAAGACUAGCGAUGCAGCAUUUAGUACAUCAGAAGUCCUCGCCUCUCUACGCGAUCCGCGUAUCUGGUCAUUUAUGCUUUCUCAAACCCUCAUCAACCUCGGUGGUUAUGGACUUAGCUGGCAAUUACCUACUGUGACGACUAGUCUCGGCUUCACCGGUCUUCCCCGUAACCAGCUGCUCAACAUUGCCCCAGCCGGUGCCUCCGUACUAGCCAUCGUGUUCGCCGGUUGGUUCAUGAAGCGCGCUUAUGUCACUCGACCUGUGUUCAUCAUGUUUAUAUGCGCUGGCUGCUUAGCCUUCUUCAUUGUCCUCGCCACGACACGCGACAAGAUCGCCGUCUAUAUCGCGUGUGUGUUCGGGACGAUGUUUUACGCUGUUUUCUUCAUUCCAUUCUGGGCAUGGCGCUCAGCGACGUUGGUGGGCUCAACAGGCACAGCAUUUACGCUUGCAUUUCAGUCUUGUGUCGGCCAGGUUGGCGGUGUUAUCGGCCCACAGAUGUUUCAGUCCAAGUACGCGCACAAUGGGUAUAAAGUGCCGUUUGCAAUUUGUUCUGCGGCCAUUGGGGCUGGAUGGUUGGCCAGUGGGCUUACUUGGUGGUUGACAAGAAAUGUUGAGUGGGAUGUGAAGCGCAUUCGAAGGCUCAGGAUUAAGGCUGAGAGAGAGGGUAGAGUCUUUGCUGAUGACGAUGUGAAGGUUAUUGAGGAGAGGCAGUUCUAUGGGAAGGGAUUUAGAAAGGAUGGUACUGCUCUGUAA